AUGGACCUUGACUCUGCGACAAAUCAUCCAGCAGUCACUGAAUCGAGCCUCCGACGCGCUUCCUCUUCGGCGCGAGCACCGCUUGCGGGCGGCCGCCAGAUUACUCGAAAUCGAGCAAGCUACAGCUGCCACACUUGCCGCCGGCGCAAGGUAAAAUGUGACAAGGUUCAUCCGAUAUGCGGCAACUGCGCAAAAACCGGGACCGAGUGCACCUACGAUGCCUCGGCGUCGCGAAAAGCCGACAGGCGGCGCGACGAGUUCGCGCGGGAGACGCAUGGUUUGAAAAGGAGGAGAGGGCAGUCGCACCCACUCACAGAUGAAGUGGACGAGGGGCAAUCGACAUGCGACAACCCUACCGAGGCAAUGUCGCCAGGAAACUACAGAGAUAACCCGCAUGCCAUUGAAGCCCGACUGGACAAACUCAUGUCUAUGAUCGAGCGCAUUGGCGGCAAUCCCCGUGCGCUCGCAGAAGCGGAGAAAAAGGUAUUGGCAGAGAAGGGCACCGUAAACCCAGCAGUUGCGCAACAUUUGCAACAAGAUAGUAGCGCUCUCAAGGGACCACCGCUGUCUUCCAGGCGGUCCAGUCCACAUCGCCAAACCGCGGACUCAAGUGGCGAUGAGUUCCCUAUCCCAUCGGGUCCUCCAACUGACCUCGUCGACCCAAUUGGUAGUCUCAAUCUGGGCCAUUUGAGCUUGGAUGAUGGUGGACGAUCCCGAUAUGUGGGUACCACGUAUUGGGCGUACAUAUCAAAUGAGAUCAAUGACCUCAAUCAACUGCUCAGAGGCCAACCCCGGUCACACGAGACCUCUUCGGAGAAUGAACACAUGGAAUCUAGCGACUAUACUGGAAGUGCUCGAGGCAAACGGAUCGAAUCUGUGGAAAGUCCCCUUCGUUCCCCCGUCUCUCACGGUCAUGGCGGCUCUUUCCAGCAAUCCAUCCUCUUCUCGUCUGGUGACUCUCCUUCGACUACCGAGAGAAGCGUGGAACCAGAGAUGCUCGACCAUGUGCCAACACACCGGCAAAGUCACAUUUUGUACAAAGGUUUCAUGUCCGGCGUGCACGCUAUCAGUCCCGUAGUUCACCCCCCAACCGUCCUCAAACAAUACCGCGCCUUCUGGGAAUGGUACGAUUAUACAAGCUACUCGGGAUCACUCUGUCCUAAUCCGUCGUUUAUUCCACUUCUCUAUGCGAUCUGGUAUGGAGGAUCCGUGACUAUCUCCAUCAGAACCAUCAAAGCCGAGUUCAAUACGCCUUCGCGGUUCGCCUUGUCAUCAAGAUAUAGUGAAGAGGUGACUCGAUGGUUGACCAAGAUCUCAUUCCCUCGCAGUCCUUCACUUCAUGGUCUCGCAGCAUACCUCAUCGUACAGACAAUCUUAUCGAAAGAAGAAGAGCCAUUGAAAAGCAGUCUGUUCGUCAGCCUUGCCAUGCGGGUGGCUCAAACGAUGGGCCUCCACCGUGACCCGGCAAACUUUGGGAUUGAGACCAGCGAAGCAGAAUAUCGGCGACGCCUCUGGUGGCAUAUCAUGCACAUGGACGGUGUUGUUGCCAUGUCAAGUGGACUCCCACCGCUUGUUGGCGAUGAAAGCUACUGGGAUGUGCGGGAAACAAGCGAGGUCAAAGAUACGCUGCUCGGCACACCAGUUGCUGAGGAGUACGAGGGUAGGGUCGCUUCAAAGCAAAGGGAGCCCGACAAUCCAGAUGACCCAUCAGUCUGCGGGGGGUCAUCGAUGGUCAAUGUCUUCUACCUGACGGCGAGGGGAAAAUACACCAUGGCACGUGCUGUGCGGCGCAUUCUUCGUAUUCAACUGGGCACCAAACCCGUGACUCGGAGGGACAUGGAGGAGCUACGGACCAUCCUCUUGGACCUACAAAACAAGCUGAACUCAAUCGUUGAUCGAAUUCCAGAAUGCCCGGCGAACAAAACCUCGCCUCAGGUGUCGGAAAGAACCCCAUCUAUUUCUGACUCCCCCGAGGAGGCUGGUCGCGGAUCGACACUUCCAGGAGAGAGUCGUGGGGGGUGCGCAGAACAAUACCACACCCGGGUCCUCGUCUCGUAUCAUCGGUGGGCCAAGAUUAUGCUGUCCUUGCUUUUUGCGUUGCUUAUCAGCCCUUUCUCAAAAAUGCGCACAGCCGAAUAUGGCCGGCAGCCCGCCAAAGUGCGCUUCGUCAUUGUCACGGCUUUAUGGAAAAGUUCAUUCAACUGGCAACCGAUCCUGACUUUCAACCAUUUCAGUGGAGUUGGCCGGGAAUAUAGCAAUCAUCAACCCAUGCACGCCACAAUGAUCAUGCUUAUUGAUCUUUACGAGCGACCAUACAGCCCCGAGGCAACGCGUUCCCGCGCAUUCAUUGAUCGAAUCUUAGCUCUUUCUGGGCCGGACGGCGGGGUGGUGGGUGGUGAAGACGGAAUCACCAUACAAAGACCGCUGAAAGAUGGCGGACGCGAAGCCUGGGACAUGAUCCGUCGUCUGCGCCAAAAAGCAUGGCAGAAGGCAGGGUUGGACCCGCAGAUCCUUUGGACAGAGCAAGACCAAGCUUAUGCGAGCGUUAAAAUACCCGCCAGGGAGUCACUUGGCACGAGCCAGCAUCUCCCUGAUUCGGGAAAGACUUCUCCCCCCGGCUCACCUGGCUCCUUGUCUGUCGGGUCCCCACGCCCGCCUGUGAUUCCUGGCCGUCAACCUGCCGAGUUCACUCGCAUGUUCUACGACAUGACUCGAUCCCAAAUUCAACCUGGGCCGACAAAAUUGGUACCCUUCAGCGUGCCUGGCUCGUCUGCGCGCACUUCGUACGAGCUCCCCGCUGCAGCCCAAACUUCUGCACCCUCCUUCACUCCACAAAAAGACCCACCCUCUACCGCCGCCAUGGCGCUUGAGCCAGGCACUCUUCCGCCAUCCUCUGCUGUGUCAGCUGUGCCUCAGAGAGCCUCGGGCUCCAGUUCGGUGUCCGCCGUUGCCCCUGCCCUUUCGGAGGAAGAUGCGGGUCAAUAUUUAUCGAGUUCCGCUUUUGCCUGCACCAUGCCAUUCAUAGAUUCCAAGCCCUUGUAUCCAGCUCAAAUGAGUGCUCCAACUCCGCCUUCGAUGGUGGAUCCGAAUUUGAACUUUGACUGGGAUCAGUGGGACGCUGUCUUUGGGCAGCAUCUCCCUGUUGCUGACGAAUUGAUGGAACUAGACCCAGUCUCUGGGCUGGACCUUGCCAAUCCCACACUGACCUCUGGGACGAGUGUUGCUAAUCCACCGUUCGGUGGAAGUUCCAACGCUGCAUCUGCGGGAAAUGGAAGCAACUCGGCGGCUUCGUGGAUCAAUCCUGGCCCAAGAAAUCCACAGAUGCCGUCUGGAGACUGGGCAGGGUUCUAG